CACAUAGACCAGAGGACAUUCUGAGGAUGCACAUCUGAACAGGUCAUGUCAGAUUCUGCCCAUAAGGGGUGCUACAACUUGCAAGAAUAGCAUGUAUUUCUGCAAACUGGUUUAUCAAAACUUUUCUUAUCAACUGAGAUUCAAGACUGUUGAAUUUGCAGUAAAGCACUUUAUAUUGAAAGAGAUACAGGGCAAUUAAAUCACCUAAUCAUGCGCAUAUUGGUGCUUGGACCAUGAUGAUUAAAUUUUUUGUUGUUGUUGUUUUCCAAAUUAUUUUUCAUUACAUUUAUUGUAGCAGUUGUGGUUGCAUACAGAUCAUAAUGAGAUCAAUAUUUUGUUUUAUAAUGAGAAACAAGGAAAUGUGAUGUGAAGCACCAACAUUUCCCCCAUGUCAUAAAAACCAAUGAAAUAUAAAACACAAAACAAAGACCUGCUGAAUCUAUUGAGUUCCAGUGUAUGGGGCUCUUGAGAAACCUGUGCCUGAGUCUGUGACAUCUUCAGAUGGAGGUGGAGCAUCCAGUCAGAGUAUAAAUGUGCUGCUCAGUCAUCAAGCACUUUCAUUAUAGCAGAAACAACAGAACACAGAGACUGAAAGGCUGGAUAUGGAGGAGCUGACAAUUAUUCUGUUGGGAAAGCAAGGAGCAGGAAAGAGCGCAUCAGGAAACACUCUUUUGGGCAAACAUGCAUUUCACACAGCGCCCAGCUCAGAGCGCGUCACUCGAGCCUGUUCAAUGAGCAUGUCCACUGUGGACAAGCAAAAAAUCAAAGUGAUUGACACUCCGGGAUGGUGUGAUUCUUCUCAGUUUGAGACUGAAAUGAAGCAGGAUAUCAUUGAAUCCGUCAACAUGUACAAUCCACAUGUGUUUCUCUUAGUGCUGACUACUGGAAGAUUUACCAAUGAAGAGAUAACAACAGUCAUGAAUAUCCUGAAGGAGUUUGGGGAUGAAGUCAUCAAAUACAUGAUUGUGCUGUUCACCAAAGGGGAUGAGCUGGAGGAGCCUAUCGAAGACUACCUGAAAGAACUUCACUCAGAACUAGAGCAAAUCAUUAAGAUAUCUGGAGGAAGAGUUCAUGUCUUUAACAACAGAAACGAAAAAGAUUGCCAGCAAACCUCUUUACUUCUGAAGAAGAUAAAUGAUCUGGUGAAGGAAAAUAAAAAUAAAUGUUACACUGAAUCUAUGUAUAACAAGAACAAGAAACAGUGUAGGAAUGAAGCAGAGAAUUCAGUGGCAGAAAAUAGAAAAAGUCCUGCUGAAGAUGAAAACAGAGAUGAUGACGAUGACCAAGUGAGUAUUUGUGAUGCUGACCAAAAAGAAGAAAAAGGACAAACAAUGAUUGACAGAAAGGAGUUUGAAAAGGUAAAGGAGAAGGUGGAUGAGCUCACUAAAACCAUCCAAGACCAGCUGAUGGCAGACAUGAACAAUCUGCGAAUAAGAAUGAACACGGUGCAAUUUCUAGUGUUUACGAAAGCACAUCACACACAAAAAGAAUUUACAAAAAAAAAUUAAUUAAAUCCUUAUCCAUUUAAAGUAAUAUGUUGCCUUACACAGAAGGGGAUUUAGUGCAAUGAAAUUUGGCAUCUUUCAUCAUUUACACAAUUAAAAAAAAAAAUACUACAUUUAAUUUUAAAAAUCUGUCUAUCCCAUAUGAUCAUGAGUUUCAUCACAGAUUCUGAGGAUGGGUCCUAUUUCAGUUGAAAAUUAAACUAUUAUCUUGUGUAUUACAUUGUUCUUGUAAAAAAAAAAAAAAAUAAAUAAAUGAACUGCAUUGUCCAGAUA